CAAAUGCACUGUUGUCAACCGAGUCAACCACUGUGACUGUGAACAUAGGCCGAAAAAUUUACGUAUUUAUUCCAAUAUUUUUUAUUUUCGAUUGUCAUUUCCUCAUUCGCUGUUUUUAAUUGAAAUCAGAUCUUUAUCGUAAAAUGGCUACGUUGAUUCCCACUAGAACGUCCAUUAAGGGACGUAUUACUAAAUUUAAAAAUUACAUUGCCGAAUUGAAUGAUCAGGAAAAUAUUUCCUCAAAAGAUGUAGACGAACUUUCGUUGAAGUUGGAUCGUUUUCGCAAUAUGUUCACACAAUUCGAUCAGGUGCAGACUCAAAUAGAAAUUGCGACUACAUCAGAAAUGCAGACCGAGAUUGACAUAAGAGAAGAGAUGGAAAAUGAUUUUAUUUCUCUUAUUGCCACGGCUCAGAAGAUUAUUGAUAAGAUGGCCGAGAGAUCUGAUUUCGCCAGCGUAAAGUCUGAAGUUCGAAGUAACUGUGGUCAUGACAAUACAUGCAACGGUUUAAAUUUUCGUUUACCUGUGAUAAAAAUCGCUAGUUUCGAUGGUUCGUAUUUUAAGUGGCUUGAAUUCAGAGACACAUUUGAUUCACUCAUUCACAGUUCCGACAACAUCAGGCCGAUUCACAAAUUUCACUAUUUGAACUCUUAUUUGGACGGUGAAGCGGCUCAGGUGAUUAGUAACUUAGAAGUGUCGGACGGUAAUUACGCUGAAGCCUGGCGUCUCCUCUGCGAGAGAUAUGACAACAAAAAACAGCUGAUUAGCAACCAUUUGAACUCAUUGUUUAACUUACAACCGAUUGGUCGCGAAUCGGCAAAGUCCCUGCGUUAUUUAGUGGAUCAUGUGUCCAAAAACCUACGGGCUUUAAAUACGUUGGGCCAGCCCACGGAUAAGUGGGACACGCUUCUUAUACAUAUGGUCGCAAGUAAACUUGAUAGUAAUACUAGUUUAAAAUGGGAGGAAUUUAAAAGUAAUUCAUUUUCAAAUGACGAUAUGCCGUCAUUGGCCGAUUUUAAUCGCUUUUUAAAGGGACGUGCUGACGUUUUGGAAUCGGUUCAGCGUAAUAAAUUUGAUAAGCCUAUCACUAAUAAUAAUAAUAAACGCGAACCUAUUGCCUCGCCUCAUAAUAAACGCGAGAAGUCUAGCACCAAAUGUUUUGCGGUUUCAGCCACUCCUGCUACUUCGGCCUCGGCCUCUUCGCCUGCCUGUGUGUUUUGCAGCGGCGAGCAUCGGAUUUACGAUUGCUCGUCAUUCCUGUCCCUGCCAGUUGAAGACCGGAUCUCCGGAGCGUCAAGGUUACGCCUUUGUCUCAACUGUUUGCGGAAGGGCCACACUUCUCAUCGCUGCCGAGUAGCUCCGUGUCACACUUGAACAUAUCCGUCUCCUGCACGCUCCUCCUCAGCUGCUUCUGGCUGCCAUUCGCGAGUCGAUAUGGGCCGUAUCGGGGCGCACACUUGCGCG